AUGCCGCCCAAGAAGAAAAAUCGCAACUUGGAUGAUUGGGAGAAGGACUUUGCGGCACUCGAUGAGAACGGGGAACUCAAGGAGCCCGAGGAGGCACUCACCAAGCCUGUGACGAAAACCAAGAAGAAGGACAAGAAGAAGGGCAAGAAGGCAGCUGCAUUCGACUCGGACGAUGAGGCCGUACCCGCUGUGCUCACACCUGCUGCGGGAGCUGCAGGAGUGGAAAGCGAGGACGAUGAGCCAACCAUAGGUCCCACAAAGGCCUCUCGGGGCAGGAAGGCUGCACCCGUCUCGGUCUUCGAGCUUCUCGGCGAGGAGGACGAGGGCAGCGGGGCAGAGGGAGAGGAGGAGGAGGCAGCGGAGGAGGAGGAGGUGGCAGAGGAGGAGGAGGGCAAAGGUGCCACUGAUGAAACCCCAGAGCUACGCCCAGUGCCCAUCGUCGCCAAGAUCGUCGGCCUGAAGCAGCACCCCAAGGCCGACCGCCUGCGGGUCGUAAAGCUAGCCGCCGGACCGCUUCUGGGGGACGUGCAGGUUGUGACAAACGCCCCCAACCUGACCAAGCAACAGCUGGUAGCGUUAGCGCCCGUGGGGUGCAAGACGCCCGGCACAGGCAUGGAGAUAGCCCACACCAAGCUGCGGGGCGUGGAGAGCGCGGGGAUGAUAUGCUCUGCCCAGGACCUGGAUGCUGAGGAGGAGACCAUGUUAGAACUAGAGAGCAAGAAGAAGAGGAAGGGCAAGAAGAGCAAGGCUGCCACCGAUGCUCUCUUUGCUGCGCUGGCGGGGGCGCUCACCCUGGGAGCUGAUGAGCUGCAGCUCGGCCCCAAGAAGAAGUCCAAGAAGAAGACUGCGCGUGCUGAGCUGGAUUUGGAUGCCCUCUUGGCAGACAACGGUGGUGAUAAGGCUGUGACCCCCCUCACAGAGCCCACCCCGUCUGAGACAUCCAAGGGAAAGGACCGGGAGAAGGAGGAACCAGCGGCAUCAGAUGCUGAGCUGGACGCACUGCUCGCAGAAAUCGAUGCGCCGGCACCGGCUGCCCCAGUCCCCGCACCAACUGGGGGGGGAAAGAAGAAGAAGAAGGGGAAAGGAGGGAAAGGCAAAGCCGACGGGGAGGAGGAGGACCUUGACGCCCUGCUGGCCGAACUAGGAGUAGAGUUGCCAGCGUCGGCAGCUGGAGUAGGGAGUGCAGCAGCGUCGGCGCCUGGGGGCCCGAGCGACGCCACCGAGGAAAACGGAGGUGGCGGCGAGGGCGGUCCUGCCACGUCUGCGGCCGCAAAGCGCAGGGCCAAGAAGAAGGCUCGCGAUGCCGCCAAGAAGAGCGGUGGCGCGGUCGAGGCGGAGGGCGGGGAGGAGCCCGCAGCGGAGGAGAGCUCUGAGCCCGCCUCCGCGUCUGCCAAGGGCGGGAAGAAGGGGGCGCCCAAGGUGUCUGCUGCCGUGAAGCGCAUGCAGGCCGCCCUGGAAGCCCAGCGUCGUGCAGCAGAGGAAGCUGCACGAUUGGCUGAGGAGCAGCGGCUCAGGGAGGAGGAGGAGGAGCGUGCUGCUGAGGAGGCUGAGCGCCAAAAGGCCGAAGCAGCUGAAAGAAGGAAAGCUGAGAAGCUGGCUCGCCGCGAGCAGCUGAAGAAGGAAGGGAAAUUGUUGACAGGCAAGGCCAAGGCUGAGGCCGAGAGGCUGGCCCGUGUGAGGGAGCAGUUCCUGAAGCAGGCAGGGAUAGACGUCGAUGCAGGCGCCCCCAAAAAGAAGCCGGUGUACACAAAUCGCAAGAGGACGCAGCCGCGCAAGCAGGUGAACCCAGAGGCGGAAGGCCCUGUGUCAGCAGCAGCCGAGGAAGAGCCCGCACCGGCCCCAGAGCCAGAAUCCGAAGUGCCUGCCGAUGAGCCAGCAGCGCCUGCCGAUGAGCCCGUGGAGGGUGCCGUGGAGGAAACCUGGGAAGCGACUGUGGACGACUGGGAGGCCAUGGACGAGGACACGCUGGUGCUUCCAGGCCAGCAGCCCGCUGCACCCGUUGCGACAGCCGCUGGCACUCCACAGGCCGAAGUUGCAGAGCAGAAUGGUGAGGCGGCGACGUCUGAGAAGGCUGUGGAGGAGGCGGUAGCAGAGGAGGAGGAGAGUGACGAAGAGGAGGAGGAGGGGGAGACCAGCAGCAGCGAUGCCUCGGAGUCGGGGAGUGGCACCGAGACUGAGUCUGAGUCCGAGUCCGAGUCCAGCUCCGAGUACAGCAGCUCGGAGGAGGAGAGCACGGACAGCGAGGCGGAGAUGGAGGAGCGGAUCGCGGCCCAGCGCGAGAAGCGUGCGGAGCGCAGGAAGCUGGCGAUGGCCCUGCGCAACCCUGCCGACCUGAGGUCGCCCAUCUGCUGCAUCCUGGGGCAUGUCGACACAGGCAAGACCAAGAUCCUGGACAACAUCCGAAGGACAAAUGUGCAGGAUGGGGAGGCCGGCGGCAUCACUCAGCAGAUUGGGGCCACCUACAUUCCUGGAGAUGCCAUCCUGACGCGGACGGAGGAGCUGCGGCGUGGCAAGAGCUUCGACCUGAAAUUGCCUGGACUGCUGGUCAUUGAUACCCCAGGCCACGAGUCCUUUAGUAAUCUGCGUUCCCGCGGAUCAGGCCUGUGCGACAUUGCCGUCCUGGUGGUGGACCUCAUGCACGGUCUUGAGCAGCAGACCAUCGAGUCCCUCAACCUCCUCCGCAUGCGCAAGACGCCGUUCGUCAUUGCCAUGAACAAGGUCGAUCGGCUGUAUGGCUGGAAAUCUGUGCCCAACUCGCCCAUCAUAGACGCCCUCGAGCGACAGGCAGAGCAUGUUUGCACCGAGUUCGAGCAGCGCAUGGACAAGAUCAUGCUGCAACUGAACGAGCAGGGCAUGAACGUGGCGCUGUACUGGCGCAACAAGGACCCCCGCUCCUUCAUCAGCAUCGUGCCCACCUCGGCACACACCGGAGAGGGUAUUCCCGACUUGCUCCAGAUUCUGGUCAAGCUUACCCAGACGGCCAUGGCCGAGAAGCUCACCUUCGUCAACGACCUGCAGUGCACGGUGCUGGAGGUCAAGUCCAUCGAGGGCUUGGGCACCACCAUCGACGUGGUGCUCAUCAACGGGCAGCUGCAGGAGGGGGACACCAUCGUGGUGUGCGGGCUGGGAGGCGCCAUCGUCACCCCCAUCCGAGCCCUGCUCACGCCCCAACCGCUGCGGGAGAUGAGGGUCAAGGGCACCUACGUGCAUCACAAGGAGGUUCGGGCCGCAAUGGGAAUCAAGCUGGCAGCCCACAACCUGGAGACUGCGGUGGCUGGCACGCAGCUCUUUGUGGUGCGGCCGGACGACGACCUGGAGGCCCUCAAGGCGGAGGUGAUGGAGGACAUGCAGGACAUAUUUGCCUCCGUCGACAAGACUGGCGAGGGCGUGUGCGUCCAGGCGUCCACGCUGGGCUCGCUGGAGGCGCUGCUCGCCUUCCUCAAGACGCCGGAGGUUAACAUCGCGGUGUCGGCCAUCAACAUCGGGCCGGUGCACAAGCGUGACGUCAUGCGGGCCAACGUGAUGAUCGAGCGCGGCGUGAAAAAGUACGGCGUCAUCCUUGCAUUUGACGUCCCAGUGAACAAGGAGGCGCGUGAGAUGGCGGAGGAGCUGGGUGUGAACAUCUUCACCGCCGACAUCAUCUACCACCUGUUCGACCAGUUCACUGCCUACCUCAAGCACGUGAAGGAGGAGGAGCAGGAGGCCGCGCGGCUGGAGGCGGUGUUCCCCUGCGUCCUGCGCAUCAUGCCCACCUGCGUGUUCAACAAGAAGGACCCCAUCGUGGUGGGGGUGGAGAUCGCAGAGGGCAUCGCGCGCAUUGGGACCCCCAUCUGCGUGCCGUCCCAGGGUGGGUUUGAGCUGGGCCGCAUCGCGUCCAUGGAGAAGGAUCACAAGGCGGUGGACACAGCAAAGCGAGGGGAUGCCGUGGCAAUGAAGAUCGAGGCCACCAACCCAGACCAGGCGGCAAGGCUGUACGGACGCCACUUUGACCACAAGGACGACUUGGUGUCAAAGAUAACCCGCAAGUCUAUCAAUGUCCUGAAGGACAUGUUCAGGGACGACCUGACCAAGGAUGACUGGAGAUUGGUGGUCCGCCUGAAGAAGGUGUUCAACAUCGACUAA